GACCCCUUCCUCCUCCUCUCUCCACCGCCACCACCACCACGCCUCUCCCUCCCCCUCCCACUUCCGCCGCGCCUGCGCCUGCGCGUGUUCCUUCUUAAAUUUAGCGAUGCCUCCUCUCCAUCCAUUCCCGCGCGCCUUCCCCGUCCCACCCCAGCCUCCUCCACGCCCCGUCGCCCUCCCCGCGAAACAACCACCUCCACCGUCGCCGCCUUCCCGCCCAUGGGACGGUGACCUCGCGCGUCUGUCCCCUUCCGAGACGGUGCCUUGCUGUGGCGUUUGCAGGGGCCGCAGAGGCACUGUUGCUCCGCCCUCAUCCGAUCCAUAUCUAGUUUCAGAUGAACUCCAGGUCAUACAACAAAUUGGACACCGUGAAUGACAAAAUGGAUUUCAACGCUCGUGGAAAUACCGCGUUCAAUGGCACCUUAGACCGCAAUCAACCAGGCGUAUCUGCCGAUCCGUCUACAGCAUCCAAACCAGCUGCACACUCACAGAUCCCAAUGGAUUUCAGCACUCGUGGAAAUACAUCGUUCAAUGGCGCCUUAGACCGGAAUCAACCAGGUGUGUCAGCCAAUCCAUCCACAGCAUCCAAGCAGGCUGCACCCUCGCAGAUCCCUUCUGAUAAGAAACCACGUCCCAAGAAAGAAGAUUUUGCUGACAAAGGAAACCCAAACUACAUGACAAAGCGUCUAGGUAAUCCGGCGGAGUGUCCUGCGCUGACACCAACAAAAGCAGUAUCCAGAGGCAUGAAUAGUAACAAACAUGAGAAACUUAGUGAUUCCGCUCUAACCGUCCGUCAAGGUAGCGCUGACAGUCCUAGAAGUAACAGCAUGGAUAGCUGCAUUUCCGGCCAUGUGAAGCAUCACACCGGAGGGGACUGCAGGUGGGAGGCCGUCCAGUUGGCCAGCUCCAGGGACUCCCCUCUCAGCUUAGUCCACUUUAGACUUCUGAAGCGCCUUGGAUACGGAGACAUUGGCAGUGUUUACCUUGUGGAGCUCAGGGGCACAGACACCUUCUUCGCGAUGAAGGUGAUGGACAAGGAGUCGCUCAUCAGCAGGAACAAGCUGAUCAGGGCGCAAACGGAGCGGGAGAUACUCGGCCUUCUCGAUCACCCUUUUCUGCCCACGUUGUACACUCAUUUCGAGACCGACAAGUUCUACUGCCUUGUCAUGGAGUAUUGCUGCGGCGGUAAUCUCCAUUCGCUUCGGCAGAAGCAGCUUAACAAGCACUUCUCCGAGCAUGCAGCCAGAUUUUAUGCCUCCGAGGUGUUGCUCGCGCUCGAGUACCUGCACAUGCUAGGCAUCGUGUACCGAGACCUCAAGCCCGAGAACGUGCUCGUCCGAGACGGGGGCCACAUCAUGCUGUCCGACUUCGACCUAUCGUUGCGGUGCUCCGUGAGCCCGAUGCUCAUCAAGUCAUCGUCGGUGCACGCAGGCCCCAACGGCAUCGAGAAAGGGCUUGCCGACACGGAGGGCAUCAGCAACGGAUGCAUCCAGCCGUCGGCGUUCUUCCCGCGGAUGCUGAGCAUGAGCAUGAGCAAGAGGAACCGCAACAAGACCAAGUCGGACCUCAGCCUCCACGGGCUCCAGACCAUGGAGUUCAACGCGGAGCCGACGGACGCGCGGUCCAUGUCGUUCGUGGGCACCCACGAGUACCUGGCGCCGGAGAUCAUCCGAGGGGAGGGCCACGGCAGCGCGGUGGACUGGUGGACCUUCGGCAUCUUCCUGUACGAGCUGCUGCACGGCAUGACGCCCUUCAAAGGGAACGGCAACCGCGCCACGCUGUGCAACGUGGUGGAGCAGCCGCUGCGGUUCCCGGAGAGCCCGCCGGUGAGCAACGUCGCGCGGGACCUCAUCCGGGGCCUCCUGACCAAGGACCCCGGGAAGAGGAUCGCGACCAAGAGGGGCGCAACCGAGAUCAAGCAGCACCCCUUCUUCGAGGGCGUGAACUGGGCGCUCGUCCGGAGCGCGCACCCGCCGUCGGUCCCGGACCCCGUGGACUUCAGGCAGUACUUAGGCAAGGAGAAGAAGGCGGCGGAGCGUGGCCUUGGCCACGUUCCGAGCAGCUUGUCGACGGGCGCUGUUGCCGCAGCCAAGACGGCCUCCGGCCAGUUCGAGUAUUUCUAGAACUGCAUCGGUUUUCUUGAGUACUUGUAGGACUACUGGGACACCAUAGAUACAGAUACCCCGUGAUCUUAUUGUCACUGUAAACCCUCCUGUACUGUACUGUACUGUGUACUGUACUGUUGUAAUCUCUGUUAUAUACCUGAUGAUGAGAUGUCUCAUUUUCUAACGGCUGCUAAUUGAACUAUGAAGUUUUGUA